CCGAUCGAAGAACGAAUGGUGGACGUUCUCCGCAAGCUCAAGUCAAAGGGGAAUAUCGCCCUGGGGGUGGUAGGAGGGUCGGACUACCGGAAGAUCAUCGAGCAGAUAAAAUACCCCGAGAUCUUUGAGUUCAUAUUCUCAGAGAAUGGCGUGGUAGCGUAUAGGGACAACGAGCAGUUUUACUCGGAGAGUAUAACGCAAUUUCUGGGAGAGGAGAAGAUGCAGCAGCUGGUGAAUUACUGCUUAGUGUACAUUGCAAAUUUGCAGGUGCCAAAGAAGCGAGGGACCUUCAUCGAGCUACGCAACGGAAUGAUAAAUAUCAGCCCUAUUGGGAGAAACUGCACACGGGAAGAGCGUGCAGAGUUUUGCACAUACAACGAAGAGAAUUCGAUCCUGCGUACUUUUCAGUUGUCCUUGAUGAGGAAGUAA